AUGGCUUCUUCCGCGACUUGCAUUUUCUGCAAGAUUGUCAAGGGUGAAAUCCCCUGCUUCAAGCUCGUCGAGACCGAAAAGACUCUUGCCUUUCUCGACAUCCAGCCUCUUUCCCGCGGUCAUGCCCUCGUAAUCCCCAAACACCACGGCGAGAAACUCGCCGACAUCCCCGACGACUCCCUCGCCGAGCUUCUCCCCAUCGCCAAGAAGCUCGCCAUCGCCUCGGGCGCCGUCGACUACAACAUCCUGCAAAACAACGGCAAGCUGGCGCACCAGGAGGUCGGACACGUGCACGUGCACAUGAUUCCCAAGCCCAACGAGAAGGAAGGGCUCAUUGUCGGGUGGCCGCAGCAGGCGACGGACAUGGAGGCGUUGAAGAAGUUGCAUGCCGAGAUUAAGAAGUUGUAG